CAAAUAAUCCGAUGUAGAAGAAACAUCAACAACAAAUGCGAAACUUCAAGCGGACAGUCAUAUCGUUUCGGUCGUCUCAGUAAGAGGGAUGGGAGUCCUACCAGGGAGAAGCCUUUUAUCUUUACUUUUCUUCAUUAUUCUCUUGUCAGAGGUACAUUUUCGAUGGGUUGAUGCCCAGCACUGUGUGUGGUAUGGGGAGUGUGGGGAGUCCGAAAAGGUGCCCGGAAAAAAAUACAACUGCAACUACACUGGUCCUCCCAAACCACUAGGGAAUGAGCAUUAUGAACUUCUUACGGAGCUUUGUCCUGGAUAUGACUACGGAGAUCGAAUCCUCUGCUGUGAUGGUAAUCAGCUGAACACUCUCAAAGGAAGUCUCCAACUGCCCCUUCAGUUCCUGUCUCGUUGUCCUGCCUGUUUCUUCAACCUGAUGACCCUCUUCUGUGAGCUGACAUGCAGCCCUCACCAGAGUCAGUUCAUGAACGCCACCAAGAUCAACGAAGACAACGUGGUGGAAGUGCAGUACUACGUUGGACAGACAUUUGCUAAUUCCAUGUACAAUGCCUGUAGGGACGUCCAGGCACCCUCCAGCAACGUGAAGGCCUUAUCACUGCUGUGCGGGAAGGAUGCAAAGGACUGCAAUGCUACCAACUGGAUCCAGUAUAUGUUUGAUAUCAACAAUGGACAGACUCCUUUCCCUAUCAUCCCAACAUUCACAGAUGCCCCUGUGUCUGGUCAUACUCCCAUGAACAACAAGACAUAUGCCUGCACGGAGGGCCUGGACGACGGAUCGGGCCCCUGCUCCUGUCAGGACUGCACGAAAGCUUGCGGGCCCAAACCUGUUCCUCCCCCACUCCCCCCUCCCUGGCUGAUCCUUGGUAUAGACGCUAUGACCGUCAUCAUGUGGAUUUCAUACAUGGCCUUCCUGCUUAUCUUUAUUGGAGCUGUAAUAGCAGCUUGGUGUUACAGGAAAAGGACUGUCCUUUCUGAGUAUGGCCCCAUAUUGGACAGCAAUAACCCUUUGUCUGUCAACGGAGACAAACCUGAACAAGUGAAUGCAUCAUGCUGUGAAACCUUGGGCGAACGCUUCGAGAACUCACUGCGGAUCCUCUUCACCUCCUGGGGCUCCUUCUGCGUGCGGUACCCCUCUGUGGUCAUACUGGGCACCCUGAUACUGGUGGUAGCCUGCUCUGGCGGCCUGAUCUACAUGCACAUCACCACAGACCCUGUUGAGCUGUGGUCGGCUCCGAGUAGCCAGGCCCGUCAAGAGAAGGACUACUUCGACAGCCACUUCGGACCCUUUUUCAGAACUGUGCAGCUCAUCAUAACCACUCCAAUCAAUGACACUUUUAUCUACUCUCCAUACUAUGGAGGCUCUGAUGUCCCAUUUGGAGCCAUCCUGAGAAAAGACAUCCUGCACCAGGUGCUGGAUCUGCAACUCGAGAUAGAAGACAUUGUGACCACAUACGAGGGUGAAAAUGUCACUUUAAAGGACAUCUGCUUGGCUCCGCUGGCUCCGUACAAUAACAACUGCACCAUCUUGAGUCUCCUCAACUAUUUCCAGAACAGCCAUGCUGUGCUGGACCACAUCAAGAGAGACGACUUCUAUAUCUAUGCCGACUACCACAGCCACUUCCUCUACUGUGUCAGUGCACCAGCAUCCCUCAAUGACACCACUCUCCUCCACGACCCGUGUUUAGGCACAUACGGUGGCCCCAUCUUCCCUUGGCUGGCCCUUGGGGGAUAUGAUGAAACCAACUAUAACAACGCCACAGCUCUAGUGAUCACCUUCCCCCUCAACAACUACCUGAAUGACUCAGUGAGGCUGGGCAAGGCUCUGGCAUGGGAGAAAGAGUUCAUCAAUCUCAUGAAGAACUAUACAAAUGCCAACCUCACCAUCGCCUUCAGUGCGGAGAGGAGUAUUGAAGACGAGAUCAACAGAGAGAGCAACAGUGACAUCAGCACCAUAGUAGUCAGCUAUGCCAUUAUGUUCAUCUACAUAUCUCUGGCUCUGGGUCACAUCCACAGCAUUCGGAGAGUGAUGGUGGACUCUAAGAUUUCUCUGGGUAUCGCCGGGAUCCUGAUUGUGCUCAGCUCUGUGUCCUCCUCACUGGGGAUCUUCAGCUAUUUUGGCAUCCCCCUCACCCUCAUUGUGAUCGAGGUCAUUCCUUUCCUGGUGCUGGCUGUUGGAGUAGACAACAUCUUUAUUAUAGUACAGACAUAUCAGAGGGAUGAGCGGAUGCCUCAUGAGGAACUUCACCAGCAGAUUGGUCGCAUCCUUGGAGACGUAGCCCCUAGCAUGUUCCUCUCCUCCUUCUCGGAGACAGUGGCGUUUUUCUUGGGCGCCCUGUCCAACAUGCCCGCUGUGAGGACUUUCUCCAUGUUUGCUGGCUUGGCGGUUUUUAUUGAUUUCCUGUUGCAGAUCAGCUGCUUUGUCAGCUUGCUGGGCCUGGACGCCAGGAGACAGGAGGCGAACCGACUCGACAUCUUUUGCUGCGUGAAGCUGCCGGAGGGGCAGGAGACAAAGACGGACAGCAUCCUCUUCCGUUUCUUCAAGAAAAUCUUUGCCCCAUUCAUCCUCAAAGAGUGGGUGCGGCCGAUCAUAGUGGCAGUUUUUGUGGGGAUGCUCUCCUUCAGUAUUGCUGUGGUGAACAAAGUAGAGCUAGGACUGGACCAGAAGCUCUCUAUGCCUGAUGACUCGUACGUGCUGGACUACUUCAAGAACCUGAGCAUGUACCUGCACACGGGAGCCCCGGUGUACUUUGUGGUCGAGGACGGUCUCAACUACAGCAGUCGAGAGGGGCAGGAUGCAGUGUGUGGGGGAGUCGGCUGCAGCAACAACUCUCUCGUCCAGCAGGUCUACUCCGCCUCUCUCAUCAGCAACUACACAACCAUUGCCUUCACACCGUCCUCUUGGCUUGAUGACUACUUCGACUGGGUGAAGCCGCAGUCCACCUGCUGUCGAUUCUUCAACAGCAGCGGGGAUUUCUGCAAUGCCUCUGUGGUAAAUCCCUCCUGUGUUCACUGCCGGCCCAUGACUCCCGAAGGAAAGCAGAGGCCGGAAGGAGAAGACUUCAUGCGGUUUCUGCCCAUGUUUCUGUCGGACAAUCCAAACAUCAAGUGUGGAAAAGGAGGCCACGCAGCCUACGCCUCAGCAGUGGACCUGUAUCCCGACCACACGGGGGUCGGGGCCAAUUACUUCAUGACGUACCACACCAUCCUGAAGGAAUCCCCAGAUUACAUAGAGGCUUUAAAGAUGGCCCGAAUACUAGCUGCCAACAUCAGUCAAGCCAUAGACCACAAAGUGUUUGCCUACAGUGUCUUCUACGUGUUUUACGAGCAGUACCUCACCAUCGCGUAUGACACCGCUCUGAACUUGAGCGUGUCGCUGGCGUCCAUAUUCGUGGUGAGCACGGUGCUGUUGGGCUUCGAGCUGUGGUCGGCUGUGAUCGUCUGCAUCACCAUCGCCAUGAUCCUGGUCAACAUGUUCGGGGUCAUGUGGCUGUGGGACAUCAGCCUCAACGCCAUAUCUCUGGUGAACCUGGUCAUGUGUUGCGGUAUCUCGGUGGAGUUCUGCAGUCAUAUUGUGCGAGCGUUUUCCAUCAGUGUGAAGAAGAACAGAGUGGAGCGGGCUGAGGAGGCGCUGGCUCACAUGGGCAGCUCUGUGUUCAGUGGGAUCACAUUAACAAAGUUUGGAGGAAUCCUGAUCUUGGCUCUUUCCAAGUCACAGAUCUUCCAGGUCUUCUACUUCAGGAUGUACUUGGCCAUUGUGUUGCUGGGGGCGGCGCACGGCCUCAUCUUCCUCCCUGUACUGCUAAGUUAUAUCGGUCCUUCAGUGAACAAAGCAAAGGUGUUAGCUGCUAACAGCCGCUACGCUGGAACAGAAAGGGAGCGCCUCCUCAACUACUAACAGGCAGUUUGGGACAAUGAACAAUGAACUGUUUGACUGUGUGGGUGUGAGCACUAGGCGUUUCUGAGAUAACUGACACACUCAUCCUCGUUGCCACUACUAUGCACGGACUGAACUCAGGAAUAUUCUUGGGGAUAGGAAUGCCACAGGCCUCAUCCAAACAUAUUGAUUUUCCUCAGUAGACUUUGGACCCCACCAUUCCCUCUCCUCACACUACAGGACAAGCCCGGCUUCAGCUUUUAAAGCAUGAUCGACAUACCACUGCACAAAGAAAACGCCACUUCGACAACGAGGAUGUAGGAGACCCUGCCCCCAUUUUGAAUACCCUCAGUCCGCUCCAUAUGCUAUGAGCUUGAUUUGGAAAUAAGCUCUAAAGGGACAGGUUUUUUUCAUAUUUUUAACCAGAAACUUGUGUUUUAGGAUAUGAUUUUGAAAUGUUUAAUUAUCGGGACUUUUUUAUAAACUAUUUAAUGAAUCAUUCACUGAAUCGAAGAAGGCAAACAAUGGAGCUAAUAAAUAACAAUAGUUAUACAACAACCGUUAUAAUAACUUGCAUUUACAAUAUAUUCUGUGUCUACAUACUGUAGGAUAAAGCAGGCCAGAUUUUCAUUGAAUUUUCAUCUAGCAAUAACUCAUGUGCGCCAGUACACUGGAUUUAAAAUGAAAUUUGAAAGAGAUGACUUUUAGUUGAAAGGCGUUUUGGGAGAGCAGGGAAGGAAUUGCAGCCCCUCUGACCUUUGGGGGGAUUUAAAAUGGCUACAAGCUCAACAUGGAUGUGAUCGCUUAGACCAUCAAAAUUAAAACCUCAAAGUAGUUGUUUCAUUUUAAAGUCAGUGUCCCGGUAUACAGGGCCAAAACAAAUCAGUCCAAGUACAUGCGCACACUGCGCCCUUGUUACGUGUUGCUCUCCAAACUGCAUCCUGCCUGUACUUUUAUUUCCACAUUGGAAGGUAUUUACAUGAUCCGGAGCACCAUUUCAUUUUAAAGCUAGUUUAUGUUUCUUAAGUUUCCUUUUUAAAGUGUUUGCAUGGCUAGCUUAUGAAUCCAUUUUUAGGUGCUUUUACAGGAGCCCCUGUGUGACAUCAGUUUUAAUUCAUGUUGAUGCAGCUGACAACCGGGCGAAUAAUGGUUUUACAUUGAAGUUUAAAUUACUCAUUUUGAAGUUACUGAACAAAACUUUGUUGCAUUAAGAGUUAAAGAAACAAACAUUUAACUGUAAAUAUCUUACACAGGACUAAUUCAAAUGUAUUCAUGUUUUAUCUGGGAUGAUUUAAUACAGAAUAACUGGAUAAUGGUACAGACCUGACUUUUUCAUUCCAACAUAUACGUUAUUAUUUUAUUUUGUAAACUAUUAACAUUUUAUUGCAAAGCUGUCUUGUACCCCUUCCCCCAGACCUUUGACCUCUUUGUUUUUAGGGAAAACCAUAAACGCCCCAGAACCAACAUCUGAGAUCUUAGCUCGUUGAGAUUAACCUCAUCGUGGAGAACAGGGUUGUAAACACUUGGAAGAGGAUUUUAACAUUUUACCCAUGGUGUAUAAAACGUGCGGAUAUUUUAAAGGAUCAUUCCUUGUUUUUUCUUUGUUUUUUUUCACCACCCUUUGUUUUAUAUGAUAGUGUUUUUUGGAAUUGAAAAAAAGUAGAUUGAAUUUAUGAGCAACCCACUGAGAAAGUUGUAACAUGAAUAACAAAGAAGUGUGCUUGUUAACAGUGCUGUGCAUUGAAGAAUCCUUGUUUAGAAUACUUUAGUUUUGAACAGUUUUAACACAUAAUAAAUAGUUCUCAGAAAA